GUUUUUCCCCUUUUCUUUUUUUUUUUUUAACAUUCACGGAAGGAUACGAAAACAUCCACGGAAGGAUCGCAGUUACGGAACUGAGUCCAAAACAACUCAAUAAGUUAUUGCUAUUUACCUGACGAUCGCGACAGUUGGCCAUCAUGCUUGGCGGCGGAUUCAAGGCAGAGAGACUUCGGGUCAAUCUUCGACUGGUGAUCAAUCGCCUAAAACUCUUGGAGAAAAAGAAAACUGAGCUAGCUCAGAAGGCACGAAAGGAGAUUGCGGACUACCUAUCAUCAGGAAAGGAUGAGCGAGCGAGGAUCCGCGUGGAGCACAUCAUCAGAGAGGACUACCUGGUUGAGGCCAUGGAGAUCCUGGAACUUUACUGUGACCUGCUGCUGGCUCGCUUUGGCCUCAUUCAAUCCAUGAAGGAGCUGGACCCUGGCCUACAGGAGGCUGUAUCCACACUCAUCUGGGCAGCACCCCGUCUACAGUCUGAGGUCAACGAGCUCAAAACUGUGUCUGAUCAGCUGUGUGCUAAAUACAGCAAGGAAUACGGCAAGCUCUGUAGGACAAACCAAAUUGGAACUGUCAAUGAUAGGCUCAUGCACAAACUGAGUGUGGAAGCUCCCCCUAAGAUCCUGGUGGAGCGCUAUCUCAUUGAGAUUGCCAAGAACUACAAUGUCCCCUAUGAGCCAGACGCCAUGGUCAGGCCUGAAGCAUGUCAAGGAGAGGAGGCUGACCUCAUAGACGUGGACUCAGACUUCAAGAAGCCAGGCGGUGGAGGUGGUGGAGGAGGUGGCUUCACCGCUGGAGCCAUGCCCAUGCCCAUGGGCCCCCCGGCGUUCAGCUACCCCACACCAAGAGGACCAGCACCUGGCCCCAUCGGAUUCAACGGGCCCCCAGUUGGCACUUAUGACUCCUUUAAUAACUUCCAGCCCCCUCAGCCUCCAGCAAGAGGAGGGCAACCCCCGGAGCUGCCCAGCUGCCCCCCCACCUAUGAGUCUAUUGAUGAUCUAUGUAUUAAACCUUCUGAUCCAUCCCAGGUCAUCGGCCCCGGACCAUCACCCCAGCACUACGACAACAACGCCCUCCCCGAGCUGCCCUCCGUUCCUGACACGCUCCCCACUUCCUCUUUGGGAGGCAGGGGAAAUACAGCCAGCUCCGAUGACAUCGACUUUGAUGACCUGUCACGGCGCUUUGAGGAGCUGAAAAAGAAGACCUAGUCCUCCAGCAUACCAUCAUGGCCCAGGUGUUGUCACGGUCACCACGGAUAUCAGGAAGUCGUUAAGAUAUGGAUUGGCACUCUCUUUGUCAGUGAAACUCUCGUCACUGUGUGGUCUUUACAGAUGUUAACGUUACCGUAUCUCAUUCGAAACGAAGGCGUGUCACUCUGGUACACUAGCUGAAGGUCAUUCUGAGGUAAAUCUUCAAUACAUUGUACAGUGCAUUGUAAUAUCAACUAGAUCUAAUCAAAACACAGUAUAUAUCAACUUUUUAUGAAGACUUUGGAUAUUGAAUGGCCUUCCUGAUAGUAGCUACGCUAUGUAAUCUGUAAUGGAAUUUCCAAUACAGCAUGGACCUCAGGCUUAUGCCCUGCUUGUCAAAAUUAACCCUUUUACAUUUUGGGACAUUAUGUGGUAGAUAUUAAUAUAGUCUUUAGUAAUAGUGAGACACAGAUUGGUGUAAUACAGGACCGUAAUAGUUUGGCUGGUUUCAUGAGACAGUUUUCAGCUCGUCACUGAAUCGUAUACUAGAAAAACCUGUUUUGUGGCACUCCUUUGUGUCAGGAAGUACCCAGGGCUAGGACAUAUUCAAGGUUGUUGGACCCCGUCCCUGUGGGUCUUCACACUCCAUUUCUCGACCUGGCUCUGAAAUUUUAGUGACGUCAGAAAUCCUUUCUAUAACAUAUCUGUGACUCCACAUUGGGUGAAGAGAGACAGACUUGUGGUUUUGAAUCUGGGAUAUUGAAAUAUGUAUUGUUAGGCUAUUUACUGGAUUGUUAGUUUUCUUUGUUUCACAAAAAGUAGGAAAAUAAUCUUUUUGAUUUGUAUAUUUCUUUUCUCUUAAUAAAUGUAAUUUGUUUUGAAGAGGAUUUUGUUGUACCCCAGACAUGCACUUUCCAUAUUUGUUUAUUAUAACCCAUGCGGAAAUAAUAGUCUUAGGGUUGUAAAUAUUUCCUUUAAAGUUGAAUGGGUUCUUCCCCUUUGAAUGAGCCAGCCUAAUUCAGAUUUCUUUCUCUCAGAACAGCACAAUUUUUAAAAGAAACACAAUUGAUCAAAAUAUAAUAGGAUAAACAAAAAUGUAAUAUAACCCAGUCUUUGUUUAAGACAGGUUUCUAGUGUGAGUCAGUAUGGUUGUGUUCACCCAGGCAGCCUCAUUUGGGUUGGGUUUUUACACUCAUUUGAGCAAUCACAUUGUCUUAUUUCAGAUCUAAUCAGUUUGAUCAAAAGAACAAUUACAGUUUAAGAAAAGAUCCGAUUUGGGCUGGUUGUGUGUAUCCAAUUUACGAUGUUGGUUACGUGCACCUUACUGCAUUCGCCUUAGUUACCAUCUUAUCAGAGGCCUUCCCAUUUUAAGUUUGUCAGUGUGUGACUGUCCUCUCCGACUGUGUGCACAACAUGCAUAUAACCCACGUCAAUUGGUUUUUGUUAAAUUGUUUUUAUAAAAAUAUAAUUGAAAGUUGGUGAUGGAAGGAAUAGUGGGUUGCUGCUCCAGCCUUAUUGUUUUGGUGCAUAGGUGAUGGAUGGAAGUAAGGACUGUCUACUACACCAUCCAAAAUAAGUUUUAGUUUGUACUGUGUGGCCGAGGGUGGUCUAGCGGUCUGAGCUGCUGUCUUCGGUACACACAUACUGCAAGGGUUCGAUUUCAGUCCACUGCUAUUUAAGCACACUCACUCCUUUGUUUUUUUUGUUCUGUAAAUAAAAUCAUAAAAUACCACAAAAUAACUUUGAAAACACUACAGUGACAAGCUCACUGCUUUGCCUUGUGUUCUUACUCUUAUGAUAUUAUGUAGGAUUGUUGGAAGAAUGUUUGAUACUGAUGUUGAUUAGCAAAUAUAAUAGCCUUUUUUGUUUUCUUUUUACCAAAAACAACGGUUAAAUAAAGGAAACACUUCAAAUAUAA